UGGAUCUGGCAACACUGGUUGUUUUGGUACAAGCACAGUACGAUAAGUGUUAUCUUUGAGAUGUGUACACUGCGUGUGAGAGACAGUGGGAACGUGUUGUUUGUGUACGGGCGAGGAGCACUUGUUAUUAAUGUUAUACAGUAACAGGCUCAGUACUUGUUACUGUGUAGGUGUCAACUUGUGUCCAGAGCUUGGCUUCAGAAGAAUGGUUGUGCCAUUUGCAAAUGGGACUAAUUAUGGAUCUAAUACAAAUGAAAUGGUGGAUCAUUAACAUAAACCAAGAACAGGAUACUGAAGAUUGUAGUACCAUACAUUGACUUUGACUUAGGACAUCAUCAAGAUGGCAGACAUACCAGUUUCAAGCUUAUACAAUAUGGCUAUCAUGAUAUGACAUUACACAUGCAGAAAUGAAGUUAAAUGUACAACGAAUAUUUGUGGGUAACUUACCCACUGUGGUAACUGAAGAUGAUCUUUCGAAGAGGUUCUCCAAAUAUGGAAAAGUACAAUCAACUGAAAUUAAACGACGCUCUGAUGACUCAGUGUUUGCUUAUGUCAAUUUAGAGGCUGACAGGAGUCAUAUAAAUGAAUGUCUUGAAUACAUGUCAAAAAGAAAAUGGCAUGGUCAGCACGUGAAAGUGGAACUUGCAAAAGAAAGCUUUUUGGACCGAUUGGCGAGGGAAAGACAACAGCAACAGUCUGUCGUAAAACCAAUUCAGAUAUCUGCAGGGAUAAAUCCUACAGGAAACUUUAUACACAAUGGAAGUCAAGAUGAUGAGUUUGUGCAGACGUGUAAUUUCAAAAAGGAAAGUCAGGGAAAUGCCAAACAAUCAAAUGUUGCAAAAUUUGAAACUGAAGACUCAGGUAUGGGCACUUGUGAAGUGAGCUACAAUAAAAAAUUACCAAUGUUUAAGGGUAUACUAAGUUCUUAUGCAGAAUUCAAACCCAAGUUAGAAGAAACACAAGUACAACCAUCUUCACCACUAAAGAAUGUAUCAGAAAGUAUGAGGAAAGAAAGCAAAAAGAAGGGUAAUCUGAAAAAUAAUUUAUUUCCUGCCAGUGAAAACAUUCUUGGGUAUCAAGAAUCAAAAUUUAAUAUCUUUAAUUACGAACAUAAGAAGCAGAAAGUCCAGGAUGACCAGAUACAAUUAAAAGUUAUAAAAAAUAGGAGAAGUGUUCCAGAAAUAAAAAGUUUGAAAUCUGAGGAAAAGAGAUUAAAAUCUAUUGAAGAAAAAAGAAUGUCAUUCAAAAAUCAAGUACAAACUGUAAAACGAGCUUUAGCUGCUGUGGAUGCUCCACCAAAUAAAAAAAUUAUUUUCAGUGAUAAUGAAAUGUCUACUGUACAUACAGAUGAUGAAAAUGAUGAUGGUGAAAAGCCAGCUGACAAGCCAUCUACACUCUUUGAUGAUGAAUCAUCAGAUGAUGAAAUAAAUGACUUCAAAAUAAAAGCACAGUUUGAAGGAAGAAAAGGUCAGAAGCUGUUGGAGCUGCAGUCAAAGUAUGCAAAUGACAAGAGAUUUACCUUGGAUGAAAGGUUUUAUGAAAGUGAUGAUGAUGAAGUGUCAGUGGAGCCUGAUAAGGUUGUUGAAUUUCAAGAUGAAAAGAAACGACAGUUGAACAUUCUGCAGGAUGUCCUGGGUGACACAGCCCACGUAUUACCAGAGAAGAGAGAAAAACCUAGUAAUAGUAGGAGCAUGCUAAGGUUUGAUCCAUUGAAAGCAGAUCAUAAGAGAUUUGAGGUUGCAACAGUUACAACACCUGAGAAAAUAGAGAAUGAAAGCAAAAAAAUGAGUGUAGAGAAUGGUCUGAAAAUGCAGGACGAGGAAGAUCAUGAGGUUGAAGAUGAGAAGCCUGCAAAAGUGGAAGUUUCCAAAGAAAAAUUUUACAGUGUUACAGACAGACUAAAAGAAACCCUAAAGAGCAAAACUCAAAAUGAUGCCCAGUUCAGUCUGCUUGAAAUGUUUGGGUCCACAGAAGAUGAUAAAGUUUUUGGCUUUAUAGGUGCACAGUCCUCCCAAGAAAAAUACAAGAACUCUGAAUUAAAUAAGAAAAAACAAAUUGGCUGGUCACGGAAUCCUUUUAAAUACGAUUCUAGUGAUUCUGAAGAUGAAUAUGAGGUGAAAAAAUCAACAGAAUCAAAUCAGAACAGUUAUGAAACUAUUUCUGAAAAAAUGAAGGCCACCAGUUCAUUCUUCUUUAAAGAAAAUGAUGCCCGUCUAAAAGAGGGCCUAGAGUUUAUCACAACAGCAAAAAGGAUUGGAGAAGAGGAAUUUUCAAAAAGGCGUAGGGAAUUAAAGCUAAUCAUUAGAGCAAAAAUAAAGAACAACAUGAGGAAAAAAAGACCUUGGAAGAAAAAGCUUGGUGGCCAGAAGAAAAAACAUGCAGGGAAAAAAAGUAAACAUUAAGAUAACUAAGGUUACAUGUUAUGUAAAAUGUACCUCAUUUGUGUUGUGCAGUUUGGUGCUGAUGGAUUUGUGAUUUUAAUUUUGGUGCUUUAUCUGUGGAGACAGCUGUUUCUUUAUAACGAGUGUGUGAAGAAAUCUAUUUUGCACAAAUCUUUUAUAACUUUUAUCUCUUCUUUUUACUGAAAAACAUAAACUAGAAAUUAAAACAAGAGUGCGUAUUGAAUUUUUGCAAGAAAUAGGAAGCUGUUGUCUUUAUAAGCCCACAUUGAAAAGGGAAGAGACUAUGGAUAACUGAUCACAAGUAUAUUUUUUUUUAUUUAAUACUACCUGUAGAAGAUCAGUUUGUACAUAAACUUUGUAUAAAAUGAAGAGUAUUUUAAUGUAA